AUGAGCAGAAUGGGACAUUCUUUGCCAACCGCCGACUAUGGACAACAGCAGUACAAUCCAGGAACCACCUCGCAUUCCGCUGCAUCAGUUUCGCACUACACCCAGGCUCAGAUGGGUGGUCAGCCUUUCUACAUGACCCAGGCUCCUCUAAUGCCAAAUUCCCCAUAUUACGGAAGCCCUAUGUCGGCGAUGAGCCAACAAGGACAGGUCAUGACACAGCAAAAUGGGUUUGCCUACUAUCCCGGCCAGGUGCAGCCGAUGGCACCGUACCAAUAUUCUCAACACUCGCAGUAUCCGAGUCAGAACAAAGGACACGCUAUCUGGAUCGGAAAUUUGCCUCCUCAGACAAACUUGAUGGAACUAGUCCAACACGUUUGCAAGCAUACAGAGGACUUGGAGUCUCUGUUUCUCAUAUCGAAGAGCAACUGCGCCUUUGCGAACUUUAAAGACGAGUCGAGCUGCAUAGAAGCGCAGCAAAAAAUCAACGACACCCGAUUCAUGUCCGUCCGUCUCGUCAGCCGCCUCCGGAAAAAUGUGGUCGACGUGGCACAGGGAAUGAUUCCACCAACGGGACCGGCAUCAUUAACAGCAGCUCCGCAACCCCUGGUACAGCAACAGCAGCAGAACCGGAGCCAUGUGAGCACCCCGGAGGCCAAGGACGGAGACGCGGAUGAAGAGGAAGACGGGGAGGAAGAAUCGCCUGCAGAGGAAGCCGGACUAGAUAAUACCUGGGCAUCUUCGACCGACAUUAGCGCUACGACUUCCGUCAGCACAACGAUAGCUUCGUCGCCUGCGGCAAAGGCCGAGAUCGCAGAUGGUCCGGAAGUGCGCUCGAAGGACAGAUUCUUCAUUUUGAAAAGUCUCACGGUGGAAGAUCUGGAAUCAAGCAUGCGGACUGGCAUCUGGGCGACACAAUCACACAAUGAAGAGACGCUGAACAGUGCUUUCAAGAACUGUGACAACGUGUACUUGAUAUUCUCAGCCAAUAAAUCGGGCGAGUAUUUUGGCUAUGCCAGAAUGACAUCGGAGAUUAACAACGAUCCGGCAGCGGCCAUCGAGUUUGCACCAAGGGCGCAAUCUUUCAGCGACGAGGACUAUCCAAAAGCCAUCCCUACCGAGGCGACAGACUUCGCGCCGCCAGGUCGUAUCAUUGACGACUCAGCCCGAGGAACAAUAUUCUGGGAAGCACAGCGAGAUGAUGCACCCGAAGCUGCGACAGCUGCUAACGGGACAGAGGACGGUUCGGUCACGGCUAGCGACGGGGCAGACGAGGUGAGCAGCGUGAAGAGCGGCGGGCUGCCAGAAGGUGCUGGCGAGGCACAGACGUGGGGGAAGCCGUUCCAGCUUGAGUGGCUGUCGACAUUGAGGGUGCCGUUCUACCGCACACGGGGAAUGCGCAAUCCUCUGAAUGCCAAUCGGGACAUCAAGAUCGCUCGUGAUGGCACUGAGGUGGACCCGACCGUAGGACAACGACUCAUCGGACUCUUUCACCAGCCGCUGGUGGUGUCUGGCACAUCGGGAAGAGGCACCAGUUUUACUGCAUAUACGGCAGUUCUGAUGGCCUAG